CCCGUCGGCUCCAGUAAAUGUCACAGUCAAACACCUGAAAGCCAACUCAGCCGUUGUGACUUGGGACGUUCUAGAAGAUGAAGUUGUCAUUGGAUUUGCAAUUUCCCAACAGAAGAAGGACGUGCGGAUGCUGCGCUUCAUCCAGGAGGUGAACACCACCACCCGCUCCUGUGCCCUCUGGGACCUAGAGGAGGACACUGAGUACAUUGUGCAUGUCCAGUCCAUCAGCAUCCAAGGCCAGAGCCCUGCCAGUGAGCCAGUCCUCUUCAAGACCCCCAGGGAAGCUGAGAAACUAGCCUCUAAAAAUAAAGAUGAGGUGACAAUGAAGGAGAUGGCGAAGAAAAACCAACAGCUGCGAGCGGGGGAAAUUCUCAUCAUUGUUGUGGUGUUGUUUAUGUGGGCAGGGGUGAUCGCCCUGUUUUGCAGACAAUACGAUAUCAUCAAAGACAACGAGCCAAAUAACAGCAAGGAGAAAGUCAAGAGCGCUUCGGAGAACAGCACUCCUGAGCACCAGAGCGGAGGGCUCCUCCGCAGCAAGUUUCCAAAAAACAAGCCCUCAGUGAAUAUCAUUGAAGCGUGACAGCCUGCCAGCUGAUAGAUGGACUCCAUUCCUCACUCUCACUUUCUGCCUCUGAGCCUUGAUGACUAGGGAGGUGAAAUAUUGUUGGAGCAAUUUAGAAAGAGACCUAGUGAUUGUCACUUGUUGGCACACACCUCCUUGUCUGUGUUCUGCAAAACAUCUGGCCAGAAAGAGAAAUCCUGCAAAAAAAACCAACCCUGAAACCCAAACAAACAAUUAGGAUGGAAAAGCAUCAGUGAGACAGCUGCUGCCGGUGAUCCUGUACUGGACUCGUGAAUCACCUGGGCUGGAGCAACUUCUCACUCACUCCUCUCCACCCUCACGUUCAGUCUUCUGGAACAAUUUUCCUGUCUUUGGAAAUGUACAAGGUUUCGUUGUAUCUUUGUUUUGUCUCACUGUCACUACAUCCUGACAGUAUUAACCUGAGCUCAGGCAUCAGUCACCGUCACUCCUCUCCAAGCAAGAAAGGAGGAAAGCUCAUCACAGACGCAACUAGCAACCGGAUUUUGGUUGCUGUGUGCUCCCAGCUUGCUUUGUUCCAUUGAUGUGUGUUGGGUUUUUAAAAAAAAAAAAAAAAAAAAGAAAAAAAGGCAUACCCCAGUUUCCAUUCCCACUGUGAGAACCUCCCUGGUUGUUCUCCAGUUAGGCUGCAGCACACGUCUCCACUGUUGCCGUCUCUCCUCUCUCACACUGGUGCUCUUCAUCUCAGAUAAUCGGGGCACGCCGAACACCGAGGCACAGACCAGUAUGAGGGGACACCAGAAGCUGUUAUUUAGCUUCCAGGAUAAAAUUCAACCAUUUUCUUCAUGGUAUUUUCAGCUGGGCCUGAGUCCACCACCAGUGUGAUAAAAAAGGUCCAUAAAAAUGUAGCCAGUCAGCAAAAAAAAAAAAAAAAAGAAAAAAAACUCACGAUACCGGUUGCUAUGCAA